GUCACGAGCUGACUAAAUAUAGUUUGCUGAUGUAAACAAGCCCAGCUGAUAUUGCUUUGUGAAAUGCGUGACAGAUAGCUGCUUUUCAAAGUUCACAAAUCAAGAUGACAAAACCUCUGACUGUGCUCAAGAGUGUUGGGCCCAAGCUGGUGCCCUUCUUCAAAACAGUGGCAAUAUACUUUGUAUUGUUUGGCGAUGAGGAGCGAUCUUCCAUUUUCUUCUGCAUCGUGAAGCUCCUGCCCAUCAUCUCCCUCAUCCUGUUUGUGCUGAUGCAUGGGAUGAACCUCUCCGAGUACUACCGCUACUCCCGCCGCAUCCUCAUCGGCCUCGUCCUUUCCUGUUUCGGAGAUGCAUUCCUCGUAUGGAAGAAGACAUAUUUUGAAGCCGGCAUCAUCAUGUUUGCUCUCGCCCAACUUCAGUAUGCCCGAGCAUUCGGCUGGCGUCCCUUCAACCCGUAUGCUGGCACGGUGUUUGCCGUUCUGUCGGGCGUCAUCUUCUACCACCUCCAGACCAGCCUAGAGGGCAUCUUGAUGUACAUGGUGGGCGGCUACCUCGUCCUCAUCAGCAUCAUGGGCUGGCGGGCCGUGGCUCGGGUCCGAUUCUUCGACGAUCUAUGGACGUGGACCAAGCUUAGCAGCUGCGCUGGUGCCAUAUGUUUCAUGAUAUCGGACUUGACCAUUGCUGUUGACAAAUUUGUGCGACCAGUUCCGUUUGCUCAUCCUAUUAUCAUGGUGACAUAUUAUGCGGCUCAGUUUGGAAUAUCCCUGUCAGUGGUGGACAGUCCCCUGGAGGAGUUGAUGAAUGUUGAUUAAACUCGGACGUUCAGAAUCAAGAAGCGCCACUGGAUCUCAAAACCACAAAUUUAAAAGUAGGGUGGAACUUAUUAUCUAAAAACAUAUGGUUUAAAGAAAACACAGGUCUUUAUGAACCCAAGCAUACAUUCAAUUCAACUAAGACAAGCCACGUUCAUUGAGGGGAACAAUUUUGAAUUAUGCUUUGCAAUGACAUGGAUAGAUUUGUUAACUAAUUUGGGCUAAAAAAAAUAAUAGUCUUGGUUCUCAGGCACCCCGCAUCAUCAUAAAGUCUGCCACACGUUUCUUUUUUUAUUCCAUUAAAAACAAAACAUUUAACAAAUCCUAAUACUUCAACACAAUGCGAUCCAAUAUAGCACAUAGUUACUUCCCUUUACAUGCGCACUGUUGUACUAUGUAUCUCGUGUUAUGGUCAUGUCGGCAAUAGGAGUUUGUAUGCUCGUUUAUGUAGGGAGGCCCUUUCCCAGGUUGAUGGUACACAAAUGUUUAUUUGGUUACAUACCAGUUUGAACAAGCAAAACAAAAACACACAACACCGCCCACACUAUAUUUUCAAAAGUCAUUGCCUGAGAACCAAUUCUUUUAUUUCUUAACCUUGAUAAAGUAGGACAUGUUUUAAGACAACUAAUAUGUAUUUAGGAUGGUUAUUUCAAUACAUGCAAUGAAACAAAUAAAAAUGUCCCCAUAAUUAUAUUUAAUGCAGGUGUAGAUAUGAUAGUGGGAACUGACUGGGAGGGCAAUGAUAAUGUGUUCACAUUUAGUCAUGGAGGCCCCGUCUCUUCAUUCAAACCCAAGAUGGCGGACACCAGUGAUUUCUGAUGACGGGGUCUCUCAACACUUAACUUUCCAAGGCCACUCUGCCUUUUUUGAGUGGGCGAGCUUUGAUGGUGCGAUAAGUCAUGAUAUUACUAGUCAUACUCUGCCACCCUACAAGGUUGUGCCGGAAUGUGCUGUCAGUUAGUCAACCAGUCAACCGAUAUACUUACACUUCAAAACAGUGAUUGUAGCCUCUGUUCCGCCAUCUUGCAUACAUCCUCCAGGUGUUUCAUGGCGUGUUCAAUUAGCAUUAAGAUUUGUAUCGAUGGUUUUCUAACUAUGUACUGAGAAUUAACAUGAUUGUUUAUGUUGAAAGGAAUUUUGAAGUUUGUUGAUUAACUGAGAGGUUAUUCCUGCACAAACCUACCAACUGAAUGUAUGCUGUUUCUAAUCUUUACUAAUCUUCAUAUCAUAUGAUAACUUGGAUUCAGAAUUUCACAGAUUAUUUUCUUAAAUGUAAAUUUUCAGUGCACAAGCAACUGAAGUUGGUUACAUCCAUUAGCUGUAAGUG